UUCGCCCAUAACAAUAGAACUUCGGCCAAAAAAAAAGCCAGUAGCGGGAGAGACAAAGGGAGAGAUGCCGAGCGCUGGUUCCACUCUGCCUCUCUCCGCGGCUCCGAGGGACACCACCUCCUCCACCUUCUCCACCCCGAACCCCCUCGCCGCCGUCUCCUCCUUCCUCCACCACCACCUCUCCCGCCUCGGCUCCGAGCUUUCCGCUAGGAUCGACGACGGCCGCCGCCUCAUCCAGGCCGCCGCCCCGUUGGCGGCAGCCUGGCAGGGGGCGUGGGCCGUGCCCGCCGCCGCCCAGGGGAAGCACGCCUUCGACCUUGCCCUGAGCCCGCAGUACGUUGCCAAGACGCUCGCCGGGACGGCGGUAUACACGGUCAGCAAUUCAAACCACGAGUUCGUCCUCGUCUCCGACCCCAACAAUGGUCUCCGCUCCCUCGGCUUCCUCUGCUUCCGCCACGAGGACGCGGAGGCCCUCCUCGCCCAGGUUCAGUUACGGCAGCCGGUUUUAGGGAAGGGGGCAAGAGUGGUGCCCAUUACCCUUGCUCAGGUUUAUAUGCUGAAGGUUGAAGGAAUUGCAUUUCGGUUUUUACCUGAUCCUCUUCAAAUAAGGAAUGCACUAGAGUUAAUAUCUGCAGAUAUCUCAAGAGGCUUUGAUGGAGUUCCUGUUUUUCAGUCUGAUCUUUUAGUUGUUAAGAAGAAGAACAAGCGUUAUUGCCCAAUAUACUUUCAAAAGGAAGAUAUAGAGAGAGAACUAUCACAGGCUUCUAGGGCAUCAAGAGGAUCAGGCUUUUCUCAGCAUAUCAUGGUGGGAAGUCUGGAAGAUGUUCUGAAAAAGAUGGAGAUGAAUGAUAAGAAUUCUGGAUGGGAUGAUUUGAUUUUCAUCCCUCCUGGAAAAAGCUACAUGCAACACAUAAAUGAGGUAGCAGCAUGAUAAGUAUGCCACCUGAACGCAUCAGGAAGAGGAUCUUGAGAUGUAUGCACUCUCUCAUAUCAGGUCCCUUAUUGGAGCAGCACUAGCACAAGGAUAUGAGGAGAUUAAAACAUGAUAUCUAUGGAGGACGUUAAAGAAA